CGCGCUAACUGCUGCUGCAUGAGUCCACACCGUCAGUCUGUGCUACACCCUGCUAACAGCUAACUGGCACAAACAUGUCGGGGAAGAGUUUUCGAGUCAGUGACGGCGACUGGAUUUGCCCCGACAAGAAGUGUGGAAAUGUGAAUUUUGCCAGAAGAACGAGCUGUAACAGAUGUGGCAGAGAGAAAACCACAGAGGCGAAGAUGAUGAAAGCAGGAGGAACAGAGAUCGGGAAAACUCUGGCUGAGAAGAGCAGAGGCCUCUUCAGUGCCAACGACUGGCAGUGCAAAACAUGUGGGAAUGUGAACUGGGCGAGACGGUCGGAGUGCAACAUGUGUAACACGCCUAAAUACGCCAAGCUUGAAGAAAGAACAGGUUACGGUGGAGGGUUCAAUGAAAGGGAGAACGUGGAGUAUAUCGAACGGGAGGAAUCUGACGGAGAAUACGACGAGUUUGGUAGGAAGAAGAAAAAAUACAGAGGAAAGACCAACAGCACGUCUUCCUCAAAGGAAAGCGAAAAGAAAGAAGUGGUGAAAGAUGAGGAGGAGGAGGAAGACGAGGACGAGGAUGACGAAGAGGGCGACCUUUCAAAAUACAAGCUGGAUGAUGAUGAAGACGAGGACGAAGACGGCGACCUGUCCAAGUACGACCUGAACGCGAGCGACGAGGAAGACAAACCGGCGAAGAAGAAGGGCAGCCGGUCCGGUUCGUCGCGCUCGUCGUCACGCUCCUCCAGCUCCAGUUCUCGGUCGAGGUCCAGGUCCCGCUCUAGAAGCUCUUCCAGCUCCAGAUCUGGAUCUCGCUCGAGGUCCCACUCCAGAUCCAGCUCCAGGUCUGGGAAGGGCUCCUCUCCCCAGAAGAGGUCCCGCUCGCCCUCCUCCUCACCGGAGAGGAGACCGAAGCGAAGUCGCUCCAGGUCCUCAUCUGGAGGCAGGAAACGGAGGCGAUCUCGAUCACGUUCGUCCGAAAGGCGCCGCGGCCAGUCGUCCGGAUCCUCCCAUUCUGGCUCCAGUUCAAAAAAGAAAUAACUUUAUUAGGGCCUUUUAAAAAAAAAAAAAAAGAAAGAAAGAAAGAAAAACCCAGACAAAAAGGAAUCUUAGUAGAAGUGCAUGUUGUGUUGCAGAGGAACACCAACCGCAUCCCUUCAGUCUGCUGUUCAUUUCAUACAACCUCCAAAAGUCUUACUUCCCUCAGAGAUAAAAAAAAAAAAAGAGAUAAAAGAAGCAACAUGACUUCUCCCUUUUUAAAAACACACCCGACCUGUGAUAAGUGUUUGUGAUUAUCGGUGUCCAAGAUACAUAAAUGUUUGGUCCCAGAUCAGAACCUGUGAAGAGGCUGCGACCCGUUUCCUCCGUUCUGCUUCAUGUCCACCAGGAGAGGCGUUUAGUUUCACUCACAUGUGGGGGGAUUGGAGCAAAACAACACCAGACAUAGUGUUUGUUUUACUUUAAAGAAAAAAAAAAAAAAAAAGAAUUCAUUCUUUUAUUUUUUAACCACAAACGAGAACACAUGAGAUGUAGCUGUGAGAUUUGGCCUUUUUUUUUUUCUUUACUUUUCUUGGUAAAUUUUUGUUUUUGGGGGGUUUUCAAGGUAAGUAUUUUACUUUUUGAUGUUUCUUGUUUUCACUAAAUGGCAGCGAGUUCUUUGGUUUUACUGUAUUUGGGUUUUUUUUGUUUUGUUUUUGUUUUUUUUGUCCUCACACGAUCGUGGCCUGUCUCGGCACCGCUGUACCGAACUUCUUCCUCUUCAUUCGUCACUUAAGACGCAAAUGAGCUCGAUGAGUUUUUUUGUUUGUUUGUUUUUUUUUUUUUUUUUUUAACUUUUCUGCUCCAGUUUUAGUGCGACGAGAGUAACAAACAUUUAUGGUGAAAUGUGGCAGUUAGAGUCUUUUUAUCGGUUAAACAACUAAAAUGUUAACGUGUAAAUAAAAUCCUGUCGACAUUGA